CUCUACUCUUCGAUGAACUCCUUUCUGUCAAAUAACCGCAACCGCCACAUGUCACAAUUUAGUUUUUCUUGAUUUUUCUGUAAUUAUACAUUUUAAUAUUUGUAAAAAUGAAACCUCUUAUGCUACAAGGGCACGAGCGUGCCAUUACGCAGAUCAAGUAUAACCGAGAAGGUGACUUGCUAUUUUCUGCUGCAAAAGAUGCAAAGCCCAACGUUUGGUGGUCUUUAAACGGUGAACGUCUAGGCACUUUCAAUGGCCAUGGUGGUGUCGUUUGGUGUCUUGAUGUUGACUGGCAGACGAUUAACCUUAUUACCGGUGGCGGAGACAGCUCUUGCAGAUUAUGGGAUUUAGAAACUGGUAAAAACAUAGCAACCAUUAAAACAAAUUCAUCAGUGAGAACAUGUAACUUCAGCUAUAGUGCAUACCAGGCCGCCUACACCACUGACAAAGCAAUGGGUCAUCCUUGUGAGGUUUUUAUAAUUGACACUAGAACUGUUGAUGACUCUAUCUCCAGCCAGUCCCCAAUCUUGAAGUGGGAAAUUACAGACUCAAAAGUUACAUCAAUGGUAUGGGGAACUUUAGACGAGACUAUUAUUACUGGUCAUGAGGCAGGUGAUCUGAUCCAAUGGGACCUUAGGACAGGUAAAAAAGUUCAUUCAAUCAAGGAGCACAACCAUCAAAUCAAUGACAUGCAGCUUUCACGUGACGGGACUAUGUUUAUCACAGCCUCUAAAGAUCAGACAGCGAAACUAUUUGACACCAGCUCACUGGAACUUCUCAAAGAAUAUAAAACUGAGCGUCCAGUUAAUUCUGCUGCAUUGAGCCCAAUUCUCGACCAUGUAGUGCUUGGCGGUGGUCAAGAUGCUAUGGAAGUAACAACAACUUCAACUAGACAGGGCAAAUUUGACGCUCGUUUCUUCCAUUUAGUAUUUGAAGAGGAAUUUGGACGUGUGAAAGGUCAUUUCGGUCCCAUCAACAGUUUGGCAUUCCACCCUGAUGGGAAAAGUUACGCGUCAGGCGGUGAAGACGGUUACGUACGCGUACAGAGCUUCGAUCAAUCUUACUUUGAUUAUACAUUCGAUUACAACAGAGAUUAACAUAGAACUAGAAUAUGUUGUAUUUUGUAUUGUCAUAAAAUUUGUUUAAACCA